CCUUAGGUACCUGCUGCAAGUGAGUAUUGACGCUUUCUUACCGCCUCAGCCGCUUUGCACCUGCGCGCACACAUCAAAUCAGCACAGACGGAGAGGAGGUGUGUCCCCAUCCAUUCCAUAUGUCCGCUCCUCCAUCCCCUGCCUUACUCACUCACCUGCCACACCUCCAUCUCAGUGCACGUGAAGAUCAUCUUCCGCGCCAGUGUGCCAUCGCCGUCUUGAUCCCUCUCGCCAGUGUACGUCGCCGGCAGGUCGUCCCGCUCGAUGUACAGCUCGCAGCUGCUGAGGUCGGCCGCAGGACCGCGGUCACCGUACCCCAACCACAGGUUGCCGCCAGCGAUGCACACAUUCGCACACGGCUGGCCCUCGUAGUCCUUCACCGCCCCCUGUGUCCCGGCGACCGUCACCUUCUGGUCCGCCUCGGGCAGCUCGAUUUUGGUGGGCUUAGUGAAGGCGCCGCUGAGUGAGUAGAGGAAGAGGGGCACCUCGUAGCUCUCGGUCUCUAUGGGAUCGUCUGGCGGGAUGAGUGGGCCGUCGAUAAAGGCCCCGAAUCGGUGUGUUUCGCCGUCGCGGAGGGCGAACAGCAGGCCGCUCUUGCCCGCCACCUUGCUGAGGAAGGACGGAUGCGCGAACGUGUCACGACUCGACCUAAUUGACACACAACAACGAUGUCUGUGUGCAUCGUUCCCUCUCUGGCUGUUGCUGGCUCACUUGUAGAGGAGUGUGACUGUGGGUGAGUGUUUGCCGGUCAUCUCAAUGACUUUGCCCCACUCCUCGGCCGACUUGGCGAUGAACUCGUGGCCGUCGGCGGCCGGCAGAUGGCAAUACGGCUGGUACUUCAACCCAUACAUCUCCUGACACACAUGAGAGCGACACAGCUGCUCCUUCCUUUGUGUGCCUCCCUCAAUCUCUCUGUGUCACUUACGAUGUCCUCCUUGACGAGCCGUUCGUCGCCCUCCUCGACAAGCGGGGGGCGGAUGAGUUGACUGUGCGGCAUGCAGGCGAUGCGUCGGGCGAAUUCGACUGUCGUCACGAAGUGCUCUGAUGGGGUCUGGUCGACAUCGUGACCACCCAAAUGCUGAGGCAUCCUUAACAGGCAAACAGAGCGUUGUGUACGUUUAGAAUGGUGUGUGGUCCCGGUGUCUGACUUACGUCGAGAAUCGUGUCAGCAGAGGGUGAUUGUGACCCAGGCGCUUGAGCGUCUUCCGCAUGAUCAACACCUUCCGGCCCAUGACCGUCAGGGUGAGAAUGCUGUCCGCCUCGCUAUCGCCACUGGACAGGAACGGCGCCAUGGCCGUCAGGAACUGCCGGAGCUCAUCCCUCUGCCACACCAGCGCCUUGUACGCCUUGGCGUAGGCGCGCAUGCGCCGCUCGUAGGCACGCACUGAGUCCUGGAUGGCCUUCUCGGCUGCAUCACCCCCACCCUCUUCCCCCUGGCCGUCGACCUCCAUCGGUGCGGCGGCUGCUGCUGCUGUUGUUGCUGCUGCUGCUGCUGCAGGGAGCGGGGUCGGAGUCGCGUAGCAGUCGAUCUCGCGCAUGAAGAGGGCGUGGUAGUCGGCGUAAAGUGGGUCGGCCGCCUUUGACGGCGGCAGCUCGAUGGCCAUGGUGCGGCCGGUGUCGAUGAGGGUCAUCUUGUCCAGGAGGAAGGAGAAGUAUGCCGAUGACGUCUCGAGGUAGAUGUGGCCGUCGGGGUCCUUGGGCAGGCCGCCCGCGUGGUGCAUCAGCAGCACUGAGAUGUAUCGCCGCUUCAUGUACGGCCGCAGCAGCGCUGUGCGCUUGACUGGGAACACCUGACCGCCUAAGUACAACGACACGGAGAAAAUGAGAGAGAUUGGCGGACAGACACACACACAUAUCCUCUGCCUGUUGCGUCUCACCAGCAUUGACCCUGAUGACCCCAUCUUUCUUAGCCACGUCCCACACGCCGCCCUUCUCAGCCACCAGGGUCCGAAUCUCCUCGGCCACGGCCUUGACAUCCUCCUUGCUGUCACGGAUGGCGCUCGCUGUGUGCUCAUGCAAGGCGUCCAGGCUGUUGCUGCAGCGGGAGAUGAUGCCGUCCACACUGGCGGAAACCGUCAGCACAUCGGACGCCGAUGCUCCCGCCGCUGCCGCUGCUGCCGCGAACGGCGGCGGCCCUAGUCGGCCCUCCUCUUCUUACUCAUUCCUCCAUCCAUCUCGCUCCUCCAUCUGCAGGCAGCGGUUUCAGGGAGCACCCUAGGCGGCCUGGCGGCCAAGUCCCCUGUCGGUCUGUCCAACAUGAAAACACGCACCCGAACAUGCAACCCGGACACGCAACACGCAGCACGCAGAGGGCAGAUGCAGCAAACGGGAGGAUAUGCAAUGCGCUGCGAACGACGGCAACAUACAGUGUUGCAGGGGGCCUGAAAUAAGGCCGUAGAGUACAUCGGAUCUGCUGCGCAUAGAUGAUGCUUCGCUGGAAAAGGGAGGGAGGCCUCCUCUGUUGUUAGCCAGCAUCGUGUCCCUGGCCAAGGAAAAUGACUGGCCGGCCAGGCUAUCAUUCCCAUGGCUAUGAUGACCAUUCCCAUGGGUAUGGUGACCAUUCCCAUGGGUAUGGUCAGGUCGUCAUUUCUGCCCAUUCUGCUUCAUCUGGUUUCAACAAAAACAUCGCUC